AUGAAACGAACCGCCUCCGGGACGGCUCGUCUCGCCACCGUCACGCUGCUCCUGACCGCACUGCUUCUGGCCCAGUGCGGUCCAAGCCUCGUCAAUGCGAUCCCCACACCCGCCGGCGAGGGACAGGUUGUCAAAUUCGCGAAUGUUCGACCAAUAGAUUCGAUAACGCCGGUAGUCAAAUUUUCUGCUGAACGUGAGUGGCUUUCAUCAUUCUUUGGGUAGGCCCUGUCAUGUGUUUCGGUCAGCCUCCCUCGAUUUACGAGCUCGGGACGCGGAGCUUUCCGACGGAGGCGGUGCGGCGCCGCUUUACAGAGAUAGACGGUAUUGAGCAAUAAUCGCCCCAUACCCAAGGAACGCAAACCAACUGACAACGUUGAUGAUUUACCUACCCGGCUCGCGAUUCCACUAGUUCCGCGACGUCUUCCCCAAUGCGGAUCGGCAUGGAUCAAAUUCAGCAACUUGGGCAACGUGCGACCGUUGACAUUGGUGCUCGCCUUGCAAAAGAAUCUACCUAUCGCUCUCUUGAAAGCGAAUGCAAAAACGACGCUCGAUGAGGUGAAAGCGCUAGCCCCUGUUCAAGUGAUCGAUAAUAUCCGCAGUCUGGACGGAAUUGUUCACCCGUUCCAGCCUCACCGUAGAAGAGGCGAUAUCGUCGAGGUUAGUCCGCUCCGUUCUAUCCGAGCAGAUUGUGUGUCUGUCUCUGAAUUAAGUCGCUCUCUUCCCUGUACAAACAGUUCUUCGCAUUCUUCCCCAACGGCACCGGCUACAACAUGAACCUAAGGCGCGUAAUUCAAACGGGAUCGGCGAGUUGUCUCACGCCGAAAUGCAAGAAGGAUCAAUACCUGAGCGCGGCUAGUAAGUGCAGCCCUGAGAUCGUUCCAAACCGAAACACAAAUUGAACCAAGAACAGUUCGGCUAAUGAAACGCAUCUCUCUCCAUCUUCGUAUUUCAGCGAACGAAUGCACGUCCUGUCCACCCAACGCUUCGGCGUGCGAUACGUCCGGUCGAGCGACCAAAUGUAGUUAUGGUAUUCUCACCCGUGGCGAGUGCAUCAAAAAGUUUUGUCAACGCUCGACCAACAUUCGAGGUGGGUUCCGAAAAGGCUAGAGCAGUCUAUGCUACUAGAUCAGUGAACUGGAUUUGACGUCGUGUCGCUCUCGUAUUAGGGGAUGAAUGCUGUACCGAUGGGAUGGCCGAAACGUGCGCGGAUGCGAAUACCACUCUGACGUGCAGGAAAGGCUGGAAGCUGCUCAAACCUUCGAACGAUACCGUGAUCGUGGCCCUGGACGGUUUUCCCAAUGGAACCUUGGUCGAUACUGAUCGCUGUCAGGGACCGUAUGCGGCUCACUUCGGCGGUGAGUCUCCCCUCGAGAGGACCCGUACCCUUUAGUCGUGUUCUCGAAGCGAAGCUCAUCAACUGACCCGCGAGAGCGAUAAUACACUUUCGCUUCUUUUAGGUUCGAAACAGCAAUUCGUAACCCCCAAAGACGCUCCUUGGAACUGGAAGAUCGGCAACGAGUUAUCCAUUGAAGAAUGUGCAUUCGCCACUCUCUUCCCUUUCUUACGAAACAACGAUGCCGUCUUCUUAUACCAACGAAGGAACGGUCAUUUCAAUUGUCGAGCUUUUCAUCGACAGGAAAUCAAGUUGGAAUUCAAGGAAUCGGGGGGGAGGUACGAUUUUGGGACGGGGGGGACUUGUGCGGAGGCGAGAGCGAGUUGGCCUUUCGCGGCGGAGUAUUUUGAUCGGGUGGGUUGCGAGGACAUUUUGGUUCGUGAGACCCGUCAAUGGGAGUCAUAG